CGCGGCCCCACCAAGGAACCGGUGCCCCGACCACCACCGCUCGACACUCGACAACACGGGCGCUCCUCGGGUAAGGGAUUGAAUAGGCGCAGAACAACUUCCAACAUGCUGCUGCUCGACUACCAAAAUGUUCUGAUACAGUCUGUGCUCACGGAGCGCUUCUCCGGAGCGCCGCCCGUGUCCAUCGACCAGACCGUGUCCGAUUUCGACGGUGUCACCUUUCACAUAUCGACUCCCGAGACGAAGACCAAGAUCAUGGUCUCAAUCCAAAUCCGCUGCUUCCAGGAUCUGCUAAAGUACGGCGCAGAGGAGGUGCUCAACCGCGAGUAUGGGCCCUACGUCGUCCCCCCGGAGCCAGGCUUCGACUUUUCCAUAGUAGUCGACCUGGAAAGUCUUCCCGCCGAAAAGGAGGCACGAGACGAGCUGGUGAAGAAGAUCUCCCUCCUCAAACGCAACGCCAUGGCCGCCCCGUUCGAGCAGGCCUACCAGGAGCACUACCACUUGAAGGCCGAAGCAUCCAAGUUCACGUCCGAGGAGGCUCCCCAGGGCGUGCGCGAGGGCGGUGAGGUCAAGGCGAUCCACUACCGUGAGGAGGAGGCCAUCUACGUCAAGGCCAGCCACGAUCGUGUAACCGUCAUAUUCAGCACGAUUUUCAGGGAAGAGACGGAUCGUGUGUUUGGCAAGGUCUUUAUCCAGGAGUUCGUCGACGCCCGGCGGCGGGCCAUCCAGAACGCGCCCCAGGUGCUGUUCCGCAACGAUCCGCCCCUGGAGUUGCAGGGUGUGCCGGGCGUGAAGAAUACCGGCACUGGCGAGAUUGGCUACGUUACGUUUGUCCUCUUCCCGCGACAUCUCACCCCCCAGCGGAUGCCCGAUGUCAUCUCGCACAUCCAGACCUUCCGGGACUACUUCCAUUACCACAUUAAGGCUUCCAAGGCAUAUAUCCACUCCCGGAUGAGACGGCGGACAGCAGACUUCCUCCAAGUCCUCCGCAGAGCCAGGCCAGACAGCGAGGAGAAGGAGCGCAAGACAGCAAGCGGGAGGACCUUCAAGGUUGGGAGCUGAGGUGUGUUGCGUGUAUAGAGCUAGUAGACGACGAAUUCAAGGUAGCAUCCGGAUGCGGAAUGCAGCGAACAUGCCUGUGCCUCCUGACUUGGUUAGUCCAAUGGAUUGCGUGGCGCUAAAGCGCACUAUCGGUUGUUAUGACCCGGAGAGCAAUA